AUGACCGAAUCGAAUGCGACAGUUUCACACGUAUGGAAACGAGAAGAGCAAUGGGUUUCAACUGUUCUUCAAUUUUCAUCUCAAUAUAAUGAUAGUACAUGGUCUGCGAAUCAAAUCAUAGGACCACCAAAAGUGUUUCCUCGGCAUGGUGAUAUAGUUGGUGCAUGGGCUCAGGGUAAUCGAGCAGUCGAUGAAUUUGUUAUUGUUGGAUUUGGCCGACCUGUUCAUCCGGAUCAAAUUGACAUAUAUGAAACUUACAAUCCUGGUGCUAUUGUUCGAGUAUCUGCGCGCAAUAGUAGAGAUAAGGAUGAUUGGGAAAUCGUUUGGCAAACAGAAGCACCACAUGUAGAGGGGCAAUCUCGUAUUUUUUCGUUGCCAUGUUCAAAUCUAUCAUGUGGAACAAUAGACCAAAUUCGUCUCGAUAUUAAUUGUAGUGCUGCUGGAAAUUGGUGUGAAAUAGAUUGUAUUAAAUUAAUAGGAUAUACAUCUCACAAUGAUAUGUCAUAUAAAGAAUUAACAGCAAAUUUAAAACAAUUACUUAUCGAUGAUUGUUUAGCUGAUGUUACAUUUGAACUUGAUAAUGGACGAACAAUUUCAUCUUAUCGUAAUAUUCUUAGUAAUAGAUGCGUUUAUUUUGCUCAAUUAUUUGAUGAAUAUCCAUCAGAUAUUGAAAAGCCAAUAAAAAUAAAUAAUAUUUCAUAUGAAGCGUUUUAUCAAAUAUUGUAUUUUAUUUAUACGGAUACACUUGAACCUGUUUUACAAUACGAAACAUGUCUUGAACUAAUGCGGAAAGCAGAUGAAUAUUAUUUAAGUCCAAUUUAUGAUCAAGCAUUUGAAAGUUUGAAGAAAAUUAUCAAUAAAACAAAUGUAUUAAAAUUAUAUGUUCAAUCAGGUCUUUUUUCAACGUCAUCAGAUCUUAAUCAACCAGACAAUAUUAUUCUUAAUGAUGUUAUUAACUUAUGUGUGGAAUUUAUACAAAAAAAUCGUCGAGAUGUUUAUUUUAAUGAUCAAAUGGAACAAUUAACAAAAGAUAUGCUACUACGACUUAUUCAGCUUGUUCUAUGA